ACAUUCAUUAUUCACAUUUCAGUGUGUUGAAUCAUUGACAGUAGUAUAGUAUAUGCAUUUGCCUUUGUAUCGGUGCCAACCGAGCUGUAUUCCAAUAAUCUCGAUAUACGGAAAAGCGUCGGACAAAGUAUAAGUUCUCUGUGGAAGAAAAAACGACGUCGGGUUAAGCGAGAAAAAAAGGCGACAAAUAUCGAAAUUGAAACUAUGCAAAUUUGAUCAUAGACAACCGUGUGUGAAAAUUGACUAAUGAAUAGAAUUGAAAAAACGAAAAUAGUUCCCGGAUUUUAUUUUAAAUACAAAUUUGAUUCAAUAUUUAUCGUAGGAACUUAAAACAUACAAAAAAAAAAGUUCAAUUGUAUACUCACACAGAGAUACAUACGAUAAAUAAGUGCAUAAGACCGAAGUGUAAAACAACAUUACAGAAAAAGAGCAAAAUACAGAACAAAAAACACAGCAACACAAAAAACAAAAAUGGGUGCGAGUAGAAUUGAGAAAGAAUACACCGAAAUAAAUUCGAAAAAUGGUUGGCAGACUGAAUUUCAGUCUAUCAAGGAAAAAUCCGAGCAACAAGCGUCCGAGAAAAAGUUCACGUUGAAUGAGUGCAACAAACCGAACAAUCGGCGAUUAAAUCGAUAUCAAGAUGUGAGCCCAUAUGAUCAUUCCCGCAUCAUAUUGCGCCGUGGCAAUAUCGACUAUAUCAAUGCCAAUCUAGUGACGAUGGAAAAAGCCAAUCGAAAGUAUAUACUAACACAGGGCCCAUUACCAAAUACGGUUGACCAUUUUUGGCUCAUGGUUUGGGAACAGAAUUGUGCUGCCAUUCUCAUGCUGAACAAAGUGAUUGAAAAGCGACAAGUGAAAUGCCAUCAGUAUUGGCCAGACCGGAUCGGACCGGAGCACACAAUGGCAUUAAACAAUGUUGGCCUAACGGUAGAAUAUUUAAAAUGCGAAAACUAUACAAACUUUUCGAAGCGAACAUUUCGUCUGACCGACACGGAAUCAUCGAAAUCACGCGAAGUAAUCCAGUUCCACUAUACCACCUGGCCAGAUUUCUACGUUCCUAGCUCUCCGGUGGCCUUUUUGCAAUUUUUGAAAAAGGUACGAGACUCAGGCGCAUUGAAUUCCGACGUUGGACCAGCGGUUGUACACUGUAGCGCCGGCAUCGGACGAUCCGGAACGUUUUGUUUAGUCGAUAGUUGCUUAGUGCUGGUGGAAAAAGAGGGGGAAAACAAGAUAAGUGUUCUUGAUUUGUUGCUUGAACUACGACAAUCGCGAAUGGGCUUAAUACAAACAGCGGACCAAUUAUAUUUUUCAUAUCAAGCAAUCAUUGAGGGAAUCAAGCAUUUCAACGAUCCGACCUUCGGGGACUAUGACGAAGUUCCAAAAAUUGACAACGAAGACAAUAGUACUGAAACGGAUCCGCCUAGACCACCGCCACGGCUAGCAUCAAUAUUACAGUCACAACAUAAACCACUGCCAACUGUACCAACAAAUGAUAACGACCAUGUAUCGGUUAAUAAUAAUAAUUCGGAGAAUGGUGAUGGAACGCGAUCUGAACGCCCGUUGCCACCA